GACAUCUACCUACCUGUAUCUGCUGAAGACUCUUGCCGCCCCUCCUAGACGCAGGACACCACUGCACAAGGGAACACAUGGCAAUGCAUGUCACAGCCUUUCAUUUGUAAAUAUUUAAAAGUUGGAGCUAAAAUUCCUCAUGGAGUCUGUUCAGUUCAUAUAGAUAUUCUUUGUUACCUAACUGUUGCCCGGGGUCUGGCUACAUUCCAUCCCCUCGGGCUCUAGUAUCCUUGUGGCAGAUUGAAAUCGCCUUGGUAUUGGAAUUUGGGAGUUUAGUCAGGACGCGCUUGUGUCACUUCAAGGAGAGUUCCUCUUAAUAUUCUCGUUCUCGAAAAGCCGUCUGCCAGAAAAUGAGCAAUGAAGACGUUUAGCAAUUUCAGCACGGAUGUUGCUGCCACUGUCCUCGCUGGGUAAUCGAAUCGUAGUGAUGAACCCAAGAAGUUCAGCACAGUUUCUACACAGUUUGCGGGGGUGCUGAAAAACUUCCACACUUCAACAACUUUACAGGAAGCCAACGCUUGGACACACUUAUGGGAUUAGUUUUUUUCCUGUGUAAAUUUCAGCAAGUAAAAGGGAUAUUUUCACUUUCGUCAUGAUGAUUCCACUCUCGCGAACACAGCUUGCUCUGUUUUUUAUCCUCCUUUGUCCGGUUAACAUAAUCGGCUUGUGGUGGGCAGUGGGGAGCCCGCUGGUCAUGGACCCCAACAGCAUCUGCAGGAAGACCAAGCGUCUGGCCGGCAAACAGGCCGAGCUGUGCCAGACGCAGCCGGAGAUUGUCAACGAGGUCGCCAAGGGCGCCAAGCUGGGCGUGCGGGAGUGCCAGUACCAGUUUCGUUUUCGCCGGUGGAACUGUACCAGCCAGAACAAGUACUUUGGCAAAAUCCUGCAGCAAGACAUCCGGGAGACGGCGUUCGUGUACGCCAUCACGGCGGCCGGCGUGACCCACACGGUGACGCAGGCGUGCAGCAUGGGCGAGCUGCUGCAGUGCGGCUGCGAGGCCACGCGGAGCCGGGCGCCGCCGAGGCCCUCCACCGUGCCCGGCCCCGGGGGCGGCGAGGGGGGCGUCAAGUGGGAGUGGGGCGGCUGCGGCGACGACGUGGAGUUCGGCUACGAGAAGUCCAAGCAGUUCAUGGACGCCAAGCGGAAGAAGGGCAAGAGCGACAUCAGGACCCUCAUCGAUCUGCACAACAACGAGGCGGGACGUCUGGCGGUGAAGAACUACAUGCGCACCGAGUGCAAGUGCCACGGCCUGUCGGGCUCCUGCACGCUGCGGACCUGCUGGAAGAAGAUGCCCCACUUCCGCGAGGUGGGCGACCGGCUGCUGGAGCGCUUCAACGGCGCCUCCAAGGUGAUGGGCGGCAACGACGGCAAGACGCUCAUCCCCGUGGGCCAGAACAUCAAGCCGCCGGACAAGCAGGACCUCAUCUACUCGGCCGAGUCGCCCGACUUCUGCCUGCCCAACCGCAAGACGGGCUCGCUGGGCACGCGCGGCCGCAUGUGCAACAGCACGGCCAUGGACAUGAGCGGCUGCGACCUGCUCUGCUGCGACCGCGGCUACCGCGAGGAGACGGUGGUGUUCGAGGAGAACUGCCUCUGCCGCUUCCACUGGUGCUGCGUGGUGCAGUGCAAGAAGUGCCUGGUGCGCAAGGAGCUCAGCCUGUGCCACUAGCACCACCUGCCGCCACCACCACUAUCCUCACCAUCACCACCACCACCACCAUGCCACUGCCCCUGUUCCUACCCAAAAACAACAACACUAACUACCCCCACCCCCCUUCCCUAUCCAAAAGCCCCUGGAAAAAAAAGAGGGCUGGAUCGAAGCCCUCGGUAGUUCUCAUGAACCUCUGGCUCGCUGAAAUAUAGCCGUGUGUGAAUGCUGGGUAGAGAGAAAAAAACCCGCAGCGUCACCCAACACCCCUGGGUGCUUUAUAGUGGGUGACUCCUCGAGUCUGUGGCUCAGACUGCUCUCUGACUCAGUUCAAGAGCCGCGGCAUUGCGUGAGGCUCCCCUAUCCACAUUCAGAGGAAACUCACCUGAUUGAGAAAUCUCUGAGAUUCCCCCGAGAUGACUAAGUCGAAAUGUUGAGGGUUUUUGCUAACGACAGACUUCUGCAGAGACUUGCAGAAACUGUCGGGCCCUUUUCUGAUUCAUCGUCACUGUGUUCAGACUUGAGGUGGGGGACAGUGGCUCC